AUGUCGAAGAAGCCCAAAGAAGAGUUCUCUUGUGAGAUGUACAGCAACAAAUACUUCAUGCUGUGCGCUUACGGAGGCGCCUGUGCUUGCGGGAUCACGCAUACCUUCGUUACACCUCUGGACUUGGUCAAGUGCCGCCUGCAAGUUGACCCGGCCAAAUACAAAUCCAUAUUUAAAGGAUUCGGGAUAUCUAUCAAAGAAGGCGGCGCUGCUAACCUCGUAAAAGGCUGGGCACCUACGCUCAUAGGUUAUUCUAUGCAAGGUUCGUCAAAAUUUGCUGGCUACGAAUACUUCAAGUACAAAUUCUCCAAAAUGGUUGAUGAAGAAUCUGCGUACUUAUACAGAACUUACCUGUAUUUAGCUGCUGCAGCAUCGGCCGAAUGCAUAGCUGAUGUCUUCCUUUCCCCUUUCGAAGCCACUAAAGUUCGGAUACAAACAACGCCGGGGUACACGUCAAAGAUGCGGAAGGCCAUGCCACACAUGCUAGCCACAGAAGGCUUUGGAGUCUUUUACCGUGGCUUAGUGCCGUUAUGGGGGCGACAAAUUCCCUACACUAUGAUGAAAUUCGCGUCUUUCGAGAAAACUCUUGAGUACUUGUAUGAGAAUGUUGUGCCCAAGCCUCGUGACCAGUGCACCAAGAUUGAGCAGCUCCUCGUUACGUUCACAGCUGGGUACAUAGCUGGGGUGCUGUGCGCUAUAGUGUCGCAUCCAGCUGACACGAUCGUUUCCAAGCUCAACAAGGACCCCGGGGCUUCGAUCGGGGGUAUCAUAGCCGAAGUGGGGCCGAUGGGCAUCUGGCGAGGUCUAGUGGCUCGCAUCAUUAUGAUUGGCACCCUCACAGGACUGCAAUGGUUUAUUUAUGACGGUUUCAAAGUGAAAAUGGGUAUGCCUCGGCCGCCUCCCGCAGAGAUGCCAGAAUCCCUUAGAAAGAAACUGGCGGCAAAGAAGUAA